UGGCCCCACUACUCUAAACCUUCUGGUAUAGUCUACAAAAUCAAUAAAGUCAAGCAAAUCACUCAUCUUUACUUUAUCGUUCAAACACUUCUAUUUUUGAGACUUUUUAAAAUAUUUUAUUUACUUUUAUAACCUUAAACAUAAAUGUCAAAAUCAAUCAUUAGAAAGUUAAGUAAAGGUUUUGCCGUACUUAACUUUAAUUGUCAUUAAGGGAUGGUAACGGAUCAUUAAUUGUCUCUGAGAGUGAGCUUUUUUAAAUCUAUACUAAGGAGCCACUUAAGUAACCAUUAAAUGACUCUGAGUGUGGCAGUAAGAGAAGACUGUUAAGUACUUCGAUACGUCUAUGGUUGAAAAAAUAUCCACAGAUAAUAAGCAAAAAAUUUUUAAAUCAUUCGUUCAGUCGUUCAGCAUUCUAUGUGCCGUUCCUUUUUACAAUAUGUUGAUACGUGUAUUUCAAUGUAUCUAUUAAGUUGAAAAUACAACGUUUUUUUAUUUAAAAGUGUUUAUAUAUUUUAAAUAGUAUGCAUUUAUACACACAAACCUAUUAUUCCGUUUUGGAAAAACUAUCGAGCAAGGUACGUAUAACGGAAUUAACUGUUAGCUGCGCGCGCAGUUUGACUUGAGUUGAAAAUUUUCAACAAAGUUACGACGGUUGAAAAGUUUGUUUUUUGGUCACGGCCUUUUUUAAUUCUUUGUUCCUGUGUUAUAUAUCACUAAAAAAACGCAAUAAUGGAAACGCAGAGGAAGAAAAGAGGUGAAAAUUGGACAACAGAAGAAAAGGAUAUACUGCGCCAGCUUGUUGCCGAGUCAGCUAAGAUUCUUGAAGACAAAUCCACUAAAACGAACGUAAAUGUUACAAAAAGUCGUGAGUGGAAAAAUGUAACUAAUAAAUUAAAUGAAUUGACGGGGAAAACCCGCACAGAUGCGGAGCUAAAAUUGGCCUGGAAGAGGAUGAAGUUGGCUGCCAAGGCCAACUUGUCUCUUCACAGGAGAGAGCAAUCGCAGACUGGAGGCGGCAAUAAGCCCCCAUCACCAUCUCCAGAGGACCUAGCAGUCAUGGCGAUUGCUCCUCAUGACUUCAUAAUAGAAGUCAAUGAUUAUGACAGCGAUGCAAUGGUAUGUAAAUAUAUUAAUACUAGCUGUUUCAUGCAGUUUCACCGCCAUCCCAGGGAUACUUCUUCCCUUGCCCAGAUAAAACAUAAUCAAAUAUCAGUGCUGAGUGCGUAGUUCCCAAUAGUGAAAGAAUUAUUAAAAUCAGUUCAGUAGAUAUGGGGGAAACAAACAACAUACCUAUCUUUUAUCUAUAUAGUAAUCACCUGCUUUCCGAGGAAACUACUUUCUACACCCGG